GGAAGGAAACCGAGGAAUCUAAGACUUUAGUUAUAUGUCCGGUAGUUGCAUACAGCCGUAUUUGGUUACUUCUUAGAAGGAGGGAGUGUACAUUUAAUAUUAAAUAAUAUCUGUGAAACCUACCCAAAACCAGAAUGCCUGCGGAUCCUUCAGAAGAAAUUCCCGGACCUCAGGUCCCCAAAACCGAGCUAGAGGAGUUGCAGAUUUCAGCACAAGGAGUGGCUGAUGAGUCUCUGGAAAGUACGCGGCGAAUGCUUGCUCUCUGCGAGGAGAGCAAGGAAGCAGGAAUACGUACACUUGUAGCCCUUGAUGAUCAAGGAGAACAACUGGACCGCAUUGAAGAGGGAAUGGAUCAAAUUAAUGCAGAUAUGAGAGAAGCUGAAAAAAAUUUGAGCGGAAUGGAGAAGUGUUGCGGUAUUUGUGUGCUACCAUGCAAUAAGAGUCAGUCAUUUAAAGAAGACGAUGGAACUUGGAAAGGAAAUGAUGAUGGAAAAGUGGUAAAUAAUCAACCUCAAAGAGUUAUGGAUGAUAGAAACGGAAUGAUGGCACAAGCUGGAUAUAUCGGCAGAAUUACAAAUGAUGCGAGGGAAGAUGAAAUGGAAGAAAACAUGGGACAGGUUAACACAAUGAUUGGAAACCUCCGUAACAUGGCUCUCGAUAUGGGUUCUGAGCUAGAAAAUCAAAAUCGCCAAGUUGACAGAAUUAAUCGCAAGGGCGAGUCUAAUGAAGCUAGAAUAGCUGUAGCCAACCAAAGAGCACAUCAGCUACUAAAAUAAGGAGAGUCUAGGACGACGUGUACAUACAAUCAUAGUCUCUUCAAUAUUCACAUCCAUAUUCACUUUCGGUUGCCUAAUCAGUGCUCCAAUAGUGGUAAUCUAAUUGUCACGAAUAUAAUAUUAAUAUUGGCUUAAAAUGAAUAUAUUUAAACAAAUGUUUUAAAUGAGUUAUGUAAUAUUUUAACGCAUGAGCUAUUUUAUGAAUACAUAUGUACUUAUGAAAGAAUAUCUGUAAAUAUUAAUGCUCCUCGCCUUGAAACACAUCAGAAAAAAAAUUAAACCAGCCAAAUUAUGUCGAAUCUAUAAUUUAUCCGUUAGUAACAAAUCUUGUAUUUUAAAGCAUUAAUUUAAUUUAAAAUUCUAUUUUGGUAUUUCCAAAUACAAGACGAUUUUCCAUUCUAAGAUAAAAUAAAGUAUUGUGUUAAAAGAAAUAGAAUAUAAAUUACCAAAGCCGAGCCGAUAACUCAGAAAAUCUGGCUCUCGAAUUAUACAAUUUAGGUUCAAACUAAUAAUAUUACUGUAAAAAUACAUUUUUCUUACAUAAUGUUCGU